AUGCACAGACGAGGGAAGGUCAGGUGGUUUUCGCUUUAUCUCUGUCCUUUGUUGUUCUUUGUUGUACUUUAAUCCCACCAGAGGAUCGUGUUGCAAUCAGGAAUGAUUCUGUGACUGCCUCACAUUAAACUGUAUAUGGAUAAGGCGCUGAACAGCAGUUACGGAUUCACCACUUUUUAAAUACUUUUCAACGACAAACACUCAAUACUCACGCAUCCGUAGUUACCAUAGCCACUGGCUACUGAAAUCGCUACGUCUAUGCUGCCUGUUAAGAAGAAGCGGAGCUUACCUGCCCUCCUCGUUGCUAGCAAAGCAAUUUGGAAGUCACAGUAUUAAAAUCAAUCAAGUUUUAACUGCCGACCUUGGGCGUGAUGGCAUAUUAUACUGUUCCUUCUCAACGUGGUGGGCAAAUACCACUGCAGACCAAAGACAGAGACUGUCUCUCAAACCUUGAUGUUGUGUGGGCCAAUAAAUAUGAGGGUGAAACAAUAAGUCCUAUAAAUGCCAAGAACAUGGAAUUGAAGUUUUACAAAGGUGCCCCACCACAAUGGCUGAAUUUCUACUGGGCUGAAAAAGAGAACUCCCCUUUUGUCAAGCGGGAUAAGUAUCAAGAAUUACUCACAAUGAUCAACAAAACCAAAAAUACAAGCUGGAGCACAGAUCAUAUUAAUUUGUUCCAUGAGCCAGGCAGUGGAGGCUCCACCCUGGCCAUGCAGGUACUGUGGGACCUGAGAAAACGGUUCAGAUGUGCCAAAGUAUUGGAUUCUACAACAGACGCAAAGGCAACAGCACAGGAAGUGCUGCGCUUAUUUAAAGCAGGUGGUUUAGAAAACCAGAACACUGUUCUCCUUCUUCUGGACAACAAGUACACAAGUGACGAUACUUCAUUUCGAGAAAGCCUUGAAGAAAAGCUCUGUGAUGAAAUGAAAGUGACGAAAAUCACUACUACAAUACCUGUGGUCAUCAUUUUAAACUGUCUCCGCCAGAGAGACAAUGCAAAAACCAAAAGAAAUAUAAGUCUGCAUUUAACGCUUUCAACAGAAGAGCAUAACAACUUUGACAGUAAACUGAAUGACAUCAUUCAAAAACAUGGAGACAGACAUGCUGAACUGUAUGCCUUUAACAUUAUGCAGAGCAAGGACAGAGCAUCAUACGUUGAAAAGGUCUGCAGAAUUCAUACAUUAAGAAAAAAAAGGAGGCCCCGCAAACAACAACUUCUGGCAUUUUUGGCUUUGAUUAAUUCAUAUGUCCCUGGAUCUGAUCUCCCACUGGAAAUCUGUGAGCUGUUCAUCAAGAAGAACGCUGAUAAUUUCUCUUUGGAGACGCACAUGCAGCCCUUCACAGACUUUCUUGUCAUAUUCUCAACAUCAGAGGAAGGAACCAGAAGUGAGGACAUACAUGUACGCUUGGUACAUCCCAUGAUUGCUCAUGAAUUUUUAAGACUGUUAACUGAAGCUGGGGUUACCAGAAGUGACACUACAUUAAAGCUACUGAGAGACAUUUGCAGAAAUGACAUGACUCCGUGUUUGGAGAAAAUUAUUAUUAAAAGAUUACUCACAAAGCGAGAAUGUAGUCUGACAGAACAGGACAAAUCCUCCAAAGGGACCCAAGAUAAAUUCUCCAAGCUGCUCCUAGAUAUAGAACAAAUGGAAAACAAAUCCAUUUGCAUUGCAGUGUUGAAAAGGGCCUCAAAGAUAUUUAAAACUGAUCCAUUUUAUCCACAAGCUCUUGCCCGUUUCUAUUACAUUGAGCUAGAAGCUUAUGAAAGUGCUACACACUGGGCUAAAAUGGCAAUUAGGAGGGAUGAAAGAAACUCCUUUAUCAGAGACACCCUUGGACAAGUGCAAAAAAAUUAUUUAAAAAGAAACCAUGGAGCAAGUGCUAGAAAAAUCUUGCAGCUUGGAAAACAAGCAACUAAUGCUUUUAAAGAUGAACAAGAAUUCGCCGAGAAAGAGGAGGCACCAGAGAUGCCUGGCAUGCCAGGCACAGCUACAAUCUUCAACACCCGGGGUAUCUUUGGCUACAUGCAAGUGGCAAACAUCAUUUUUGGAUAUCUUACAAAGGCUGACAACGAAUGGGCCAAGGUACUUACAAAGGAAACAAACCCACACUGUUUUCUCAAUUCUUACGAAAAAGGCAUGUGUCAGAUUUAUAAAAGUCUGAUUAAAUGUCUAAGAGAUGAAGUUGAGGACAAGUUUGAGUUUUUUGAAUGGUAUCUUCUUUACUCAAAGCCAAGCAUCCACAAAGACGAACCUGCAUACUUUAGGCCUGAAGUUUACGAAUGCUACAGCAAAUUUGUAAAACAAUCCCAACAGAAUAGAUCAGCACUGCAGAUCCUCAAGGAAAGAGAGGUCAGCACAUUUGCAGGAUUGCUGAACACUGAACUUCAAGGCCCUGACCUGGAAGUGAUAACUGAACAAUGGAAAGAAAUGUAUUUGCAUUCACCGAGUGAAGUCCAGAAUAUCCAAAACUACAUUGUUGCACAGGUCUUGUUAAGUCAAAGACAUGGCACAUCAACAGCACUCAGACCAUUGGAAGAACUUCAGACAAUGUUACAUAAUCUCUGGACUGAACAAAAAGAUCUAAGGAGUCCAGAGUUCUACCUCUUGGUCCUUCUGCUCUUUUGGCCUGGUGCACAACAGGACAGACGCAACAGUCUGGACAUAUCUCAAUGUGUUAAAUAUAUGCAUCAUUCCUUUGAGAGAGUUUACAAAUAUUUCCUACGCUCUCGUUACCUCAGGCCUCUCUUCUUUCUCAGUGUACACCAUGGACUACAGAGAUUUGUCCAAAAUUCAUUCAGGCAUAAAAGUCCAAUUUACAAACUUACUAAAGAUCGGAAAUUGAUGCUUACAUGUGAUAUUCUAGGAUGUGACAUUCCACAGCUACUACGUGUGAGAGGAGAGGUGAAAGAUUAUAAGGUUUUUGCAGUACAAGGAUCUGAGAAGAUUGAGGUUUCUCCUGAUCAUCCAGCCAGUGUCCGUGGUCAAGGACAGGUUACUUUCUAUCUUGGCUUGAACAUCAAGGGACCUGUGGCUUAUGAAAUUACCUAUGAAAAGUAAAGCUGAAGACAAAUACUUCAGAUAUGAGCAUGUGCUCUGGUUGAAGUUCAGGUUUCAGUGAAUACACAGAGAUUAAAUGAAUGCAACCACCAUUAUGAAAGGAAGUUAGUAAAAUCCUGGAUGAAAGUAUAAAACAAACUUCCUAUAGAUAUAUUGUUACUGGUGUUUUAAAAAAUUUACCUGAUAUAAUGGUUAUAGCACUCUCCUUCAUAAUGGGUCAACUUUUGCUGGACUACCUUCAACUGCACAAUAUUUUCAAGCACUUGAUUUACUUAAAUCUAAAAUUUAUGUAAGUAACUGAAAGUUCCUCAUAAUCUGACGCAGCUAUGCAUGAGCUUAUGUUGAGUUUAUGAGAGUGCCAUUCAGAUUAUACAAAAUACUUGUGUGUAGCCAGAAUUUUAUUGAGUUAAGUGUCUAAGACAAAAAAAAAUCCGCUUUUAGAGCAAUGUUUUUUAAUAAUGAUGCUUUUUCCUUUAAUGACAUUCAAUGACACUGGUCAGUUUAUUCUAUUAUUUAAGAGAAUAUUUUUGCAUUUUAAUAAUUGCCUCACAUAACACCCCGAGAUACCUCAAUCUUUCGGAAAACUCCAGCUUCGUAUAUAGAUGAAGUCUGUAGCACCCCAAACUCAACUCUGAAUGUAUGUAAUGCAUUGCAUCAUUCUUGUGCAUUUAUUACAUGAAUGUUAUUUCUUCAUUGAUAUUAAUACAAUAAAACUAAAAGCAGCAACAUAUAGAUGAAAUUACAUGACUAGCUAACACAGCUUGUGUCUAUUGUUCUGCAUCAAAACAGACAUUUCGUAACAAGACUCACUAUUCUAAGCUAACCAGCUUGGCAGUCCAGCAAAAAUGCCUCUAAGUAAUGAGAUUUUAAUUAGUUUUAGUGCACAGAGGGUAACUAUGUACCGUAUAUUUAUUUUGUUGUUGUUGUUGUUCUUGUAGUAGCUAUUCCUCUUUUGCACCAUCAUCUAAAUGAUACGUGGAACUUUGUAUUUCAACAGAUAAUUACGUACUAUUAACUUGUUAAAGAAUUGGUGGAGGGUGUUUUUUCUUUUCAUUUUCAAAUUCUGCAUUCUAAAAUACUGUAAUGAUGCAUUAACAUAAACAAACAAACAAAUGAAAUCAUCUUAAGCAUUUAAAGGCCUCUUAGUCAAUUAAUUUUCUUAGUUGAGACAUUAGUAUGAGUGAAAAUGUUUAUACUGACAAACUGAACACUGUAAACCUCAAUAAAACACUGCAUGCUAAUUAAACGCUGGAGAUUUGCUGACUGUUGUUUCUACUCUGAGGUCAAGCAAGUUGCCUUAAAAAUGUCAGACUGAACAUCUCUUACACAACACUGCCG